GUAUGUCAUGCCAGAGGUAAUAACUCAUUCCAAACUACUCCCCCUUUAUCCCCAACCCUCAAGUAGGAGUGGGCACUCAGUGCAUUUAACACUCAGCACAGGACUUACAGAGUCACAGUUACAUUGGAAUCUUGUUGUGUGAAAUUUAGUAAGCCACCCACGAUGGAUGUGAAAGCUCUUGCAAUUAUAACCCUGCUGAUGGUGACAAUGUGCAUCCAUGUGUCACAUGCAAAGCCAUUCAGCCUGGGCCAGAGAUGCUGGUGCCGAACUCCCGAGAAAAGUGUGCACAAGAACAACGUCAAGAAUCUGAAGUUUCUGAACACUCCCAACUGCCCUCUGCAGAUCAUUGCAACAAUGAGAAAUGACAAACAAGUAUGUCUUGACCCUGAAACUAAAUGGCUACAGCAAUACUUGAAGAAUGCUAUUAACAAGUAAGGAGAAACGCUUCUUCACAAGAUUAAAACAUCAAGAGGCAUUUGAGAACAUGUGCUGGAUUACAGCUCCUUUCACCCAUGUAAUAUUUGUAUUCUUCUCUGGACUGCUUGCUGUAACAGCACUUAACUACCAUACAUGUAUGUUGAAGCAUUGAUACUGCCACCUGCAUCGACACUGCCAAUAUAAAUAUAUUAUGUAAAAUUAUAUGUAGAUUUCUUUUAUAACUGAUACAGGUCACACAUCUGUUUUGAGUUUAGUUGCUUGUUCCUUGAUGUUUGUGCUGGUGAACUUCAUAGUUCUUUGACUCUCUAGACCAAAAACAAACUGAAGUUCAUUUUUAAAGAUUAACUUGUAGACUGCCUUACACCCUUCAUAAUUAAUUUCCCAUAUGCUCCAGUCCAAAUAUUUGUACUCUGGAAGAACAGAGAAAACUGUUAACCUUACAGUCAUAAGGUGUUUCUCUGUUUUAUAACAUUGACACCUUCUCCUGGUGCCUAAAUCAAGCACCAUGGAACUGAACUAAAUUGCAUUUGAAACUAGUCUCCACUGAUAAUGAGCCCUGUUUUAUUUUAAGAACUCCAUAAUAGGGGCAAAUUGCAUAGUAACAGUUUAAAUUAAUUGUAACUGUGGUUAGAUGCAGGGUAACUACCUUCCCAUUUACAUGCUGUGGUUUGGCAUCACCAGAGCCAUACUAAAUCAUACGUUUACAGUGCUGCAAUACGUUUGCAAUUUACUGUACUGCUGCUUGUCCCAAUUGAAUGCACUUUAGUUUAUUCAUAUGUCCGUAUUUGCCAGCAAACAAUGAUUUGGGCUGUUUGCUAAGUGAAUAAAAUGGAUCACCUGAGGCAAACGUUCUGUAUUUCUAAGAAACCUUUUGCAUAUGGGAAUCAUUUUAAGGUCUGUAAACUUCCCUUUUAUAUACUGAUUGCAAAAUGUAGUAGUACUCCAUUUAAGAUGAAAACUCUCUCAUGUACACGCUGCAAUGAUUUUCUCAGAAGAACUAGCAAUUACUGUGUAACUGAUUUUUCUCUUGCUAUGUUUUGUUUAACUAUGCUUGACAGCUUUUAAUGCCUCUUACAGUUUGGGAUUUUAUUGUUAUAUUUCUGUUUGUUUAAUUUGCUCGUUUAUAUUUGCUUAUUGAAUUUUCUAGGAGGCACAGUCGGAUGCCUUAAAUUUUCAAUAGUGUAGGUAUUUUAUAAAACUGUGUAAAAUGAAGGUAUUCCCAGAAUGUACAGAAGCUACAGUAUGCUCCUAUCAAAUACUACCUUUUAAGGAGAAUUCUAACUGCUACUUUGGUUUGUGAAUUAAAGUAAUUUUAUUAAGAAAUGUCUUAUAUAAAAAAUAAACUUACAAAAAUCCCCAAAUAGUCAGUUUUAUUAAAAUAAAUAAAUAAUAAUAAUUAUUAAUUGAAUUGGAGUCCAUGAAGUAAAAAAGACAUACAAUUCUAGUUGUGGUGGUGGUGGUGGGGACAAAAUAUGGGUGGUCUGAGAAUAUUAUGUAUUUGCCCAGUUAAGAAGGCAGUGGAAGUGUUGCAAGGCUAGGUCAGUAGCUAAACCAGGGCCAGUACAAUAUUUAGACCCAGAAACAUGUUUCAUUUGCUGUAAAUUAAUAGUUUAGUUUGAAACCCCAUACUUUCAAGUUUUUCAAAUUCCAUGCUGCUCUCUUCACUAACUGCUCUCUGUCUACGGCUCGCAUCUUUCCCAUCCGGACCUCUAAAGUCGCCUGCCCUUUUUAUAUGAAGCAGCCUGCAGGCAUGUAUAUCCAUUUAAUCUCUGUAGAAGAAAUACUGUCUGUUCAACUUCACACAAGAAAGAAAAUAAAAAAAAAAACUGGCAAUUCCCCAGAAAAGGCCAUCACUGUCUAAAAUAGCCAUGAUUCAGAAUCCCUUACACUU